GAAACUUUCCACAUAAUUUCUUCGCAGCAAAGGUGCGCAUUGCAGCCACACGCUGUCCCUUCGUAUUUUGUAGUACUCCUCCGUCACACAGAACUGUCUCCUUUUUUUUUUUGGGGGGGGUCUGUCUCUUUUUUCAUUGCCGAUAUCGAGAGGGAAUUCUUCUAAUGAACCGGGUAGCUGAAGACAGAGGCCUCGUCUCUACAGCGGACGAGGCAGUCAUGAGCUCGUCCUACCACUCGGCGAUUACCAGAAAUUCCAUCGGGAAUCAGCUUCCCACGCUUUCCGCGUCGAACAACGGAGUACCGUAUGCAGAAGUGCAAGCGCCGACUGUUGCUGCUGAUGCUACCUCCAUGAAAGACGCCGCAGCCGCUGAUGCUGACCCGGAGUUGCUCGAGCAGCAGCUGCAGCUUAUUCAACUUUGUUUUGCCGAGCACGAAUUUGGCAUCGUGGUCGAUGAGAAGGGCGAAGAGGUGGGCGGAUCUUCUUCUUCGUCUUCGUCCGACAGAAGUAGCAGCGAGUCCACGCAGGAGGAGUCCGGAAGCGGUUCAGGGGCGGUGCCCUUCUCGUCACCUGCGGCGCGGAGAGGCCGCCGCAGCCACCGCUACUCCGCCUACGAUCCGCUGAGUUUCGUGAGGGGAAAAGUUCAGCAUGGCGUGCCGUUGACCGUCCUGUCGCAGGAUUUGCACUCCUACGCGCAGUACCUCGAGGACAAGAUCGCAGAAUGCGUCAACACGGACGUGCACACCGCCUUCGUGAACGUCUCCAGUCAUCUUGUGGGCAUGCGUGAUGAGCUGUCAUACAUGGAGCGGCCCCUCGCCGUCGCGAUGGAGAAGCUAUCGGGUGCCGUCGCCCAGCUCUCAACGACCUCGCUUGGCGUGAAGAACGAGGUGGAGGCGGCGUGUGCCGCGGAGAUGGAGCGCUACUUCGACGCCGUGUACUUGAAAGGCGUGGUCGUGUACGAGACGAUCGCGUACCAGUUGGACGAUUUAGCGCAGCUGCUGCAGAUUACUGUGGACGCGACACCGUCACGGUCGCCCGCCAUUGCCGCGACAAAAGGCACCACCGCUAACGGCAGCUCACGAAACCUCUCUUCUGCAGCCCACGAAGCCACCUCAAAGGGCAGCAGUUUAAGGAAGGAGACUUUCACCAUCGCUGCUGGCACACAGCUCUCCGAUGCAGCGCUUGACAUCCUCGAGGACGUCGUGCUCCUCUUCCAGGAGUUGAAAGAGGUGUGUCAGCGCCUUGUGUCACUGGCGUCGCGUCAGCAAGAGAAGGCGGACAUGGCGGACUACGUCGCUGCGGCAGAGAGGUCGGUCAUGGGAGUGUUGGAGGUGGUGCUGGGGCACGUGAGCCGCAUGACGUUCGGCGUCCUUGCGGCUGCAGAUGCAAAGACAGGUGUUAAGUCAACUAACUCCCCAGAAGUAGAAGAUGCGGCACCAUCACCCGCUGCCCGUCAGCUGCUCGGCCGCGUCAUUGAGCUGUACGGUCAAGCAGGCGAACGGGAACAGUUCAGCGCGGUGUUCCGCAAUGCGGUUCUGCGGCCUCCCUUGGAGGCGGUGGUCUCGUGGAAGGCGGCCACACAAGCACGCCAGAGCGCGGAGGGCACGGUCGCGUUGCUGGAGCAGAUGAAGACGGUGUUGCGAACCAAAUUUCUCCCGCUGCUGCCGCUGCUGCGCGAGAGCUACGGUGCGCCGUUGCACCCAGUCGCGACGAUUGUGUGGCCCAUCCUGAGCGAGACGCUCGUGAAGAAGCUGCCAUCGCUUUACGAAGUCGGCAUCCCGAACCACUUCCAGAUCAAAUACAAAGCGGCGUACAGCGUGUUGGCGAUGGCGGAGGCCGCCUGCGCCGACCUCGCCGAGCUCGCCGUUCUGCGGCAGUCGCCGGAUGUGGUGCUGUGGAACCACAAGUGGAACCUGGACGUGUACGCGGCGCUGCGGGUGAGUGAGGUGGAUAAGGCGCUGCAAUCCGUGGCCUCUCCUCUUGACCGUCUGCCGCCUUCCACAGAGGGCGGUUACCACCUCCGUCUGUUCUACAUUGUACAACACCAGCUGCUGCAUUUGUUUUCCCCAGCAGUGUAUUUGUACCUGUGCACUCCGCGCUUCUUGCGGCAGACGGUGGCCUGCUGUUACCGUGUGCUGCAGCGUGUGCAGGAGGCGAUUGCGAGGUCGCCAGCGGUGGCCGUUGCAAAUACUGCGAAUCAAACGGAGGACAACGGUAGCAAAAGCAGUAAUGCCAGCCCAGUCGAUGGAGCGACACCAGCAACGGACGCAGCUGCUGCGGCGGCCGCCUCGGCUGCGAGCGAGACGCUUCUGCUUGCCAUUGCCGAUGCCCACGUCUUGCGUAGUUUCCUCACGGGCGAGCUCCUGCCACUCAUACUGGAGCGCUUGUGCGGUGAGACAGGCGAAGCUGCCGCCGCUGCAGCAACGCAAAAUUCUUCCGCACUACCGACGUCAGAGCGCACUGCCACAGCGCUUGUCACCGACGUGAUCGACUUUGCGAGCAGAACCGUCUGCGGUCAGUUCGUGCAGCACGCCCGCGCGACGCUGGUGCGCCAAGUCACGGACGACUCGACGGGUCCGCUGCAGAACGUCAAGUCGGUGCGCUCCGCCUACUCCCACACGCGCAAGACGAUGCCGUCCGCGGCGUCGUGGUACGUCGCGCCGGUGUUGCAGCCAUUGCGUCAUUUUAUGGAGGAGGCGGAGCGUUGCGGCUUUGCAGGGGCCGCACUCGAGGAGACCGUUGCGGAAAUACUCCGUGUGAUCGUCAAGCAGUUUGUGGUGUUGGCCAAGGACACGCUCAUCACCGCGAAGAAGACGGAAGAGAGCUGGGAGAAGUUGCGGCGGCGCAAGGAGGGCACCGCAGCCUCGCCAGUGGCGGGGGAAAGCGGUGCGGCGGAGGCAGCAGCCGGGGAGGGCCCCGCCACAGCGGUGGCUCCUGGUCAGCGUGUGACGGUGGAGACGGCAACGGACCGCGAUAAGAUGACGAUUCAGCUGUGGAUGGACGCACGUGCGUUGUGGCAGGCGGUGCAGCAGCCGCCGCUGAACGUGGCGGAGGCCGCGGCGGCAACGGCGUUUGCGCCUGCGUUUGAGUUGCUGCGUCGCGCGGAGUGGAUCCAAGGCGCGGACGUCCCUGAGCCUCCCGACGUGGACGCGUAA